AUGACCGAAUCCACGAGCGAACCUGCCGGUGGGGGCACUCAAAUUGACGAUAUACCAUUUGAGGACAAGCCAUCGCCAUGGCUGAACAUGAAAGCCCAAUAUUUUUGCGCCGUCGGUUGGGCAAGAGGCCUACCAACAGGAUCUUAUGCGGACUUGGAAGCUCAGUCGUCGUUUGCUGACCCUGAUAUAAGCGGUCAGUUCAAAGGGGGAGCAUGCAUGGUUAUGAUCGUGAGAUAUCUAGAUACUCCCGUCGGGCGCAAAAACUGGAAUAUCCCUAAACAUAGAACAACAAACCAGUUAGCAAAUUUUAAAUUCACCCCAUCAGAAACGCCAUCAACUAUGCCCUACUCCAGCGUGGAAAUAUCUUUGCCCUCUAACCCAGAUCAACCAUUUGUCGCCCUUCAAUUCUCCCCGCUGACACUAGUAUCCAAACUCAGCUUCCCGGUUCACACUUCAUAUGUCCCUGUCAACCUGCUACUGGGGAUGGCACCUAUUCCAGAAAGCGAGUCCUGGCGAGAGGAUGCUUUGGUCGGGACCAAGGAAUGGUGCCACACAAGAGUUGAUAUCUCAGGAUGGGGUAGGAUGAUGCGUGUCGAGGGAAAGCUUGGAGACGGGCAGUCCUUCCCUGAACUUUCAAUGUCCAGUUAUUGGGUGUAUAUCAAUGACGCGAAACUGAGUUGCAUGUCGAUUUGA